AAAGAAUCGAGAGCUUGCAUGGAUCUCAUUGUCUUACGUUGAUACAAACCCGAAGGAUCUGAAAACUUGUACUUUUCUGUCGUCGAUACUUUUCAACCGGCUUCAGGAUGAUGAAGUUUAGGUUCCGAAGGCAGGGGAAUGACCCACAGAGGGAGAAACUCAAGCAGGACCUUUUUGCAUUUAAUAAGACUGUUGAACAUGGAUUUCCCAAUCAGCCCAGUGCCUUUGCUUAUGACCCCAAACUGCGACUUAUGGCCAUUGGCACCAAGUCUGGAGCAGUGAAAAUAUAUGGGGCCCCUGGUGUUGAAUUCACAGGUCUGCACAAAGACACAGCCACUGUCACACAGAUCCACUUCCUGCCAGGGCAGGGCCGCUUGCUCUCCCUGCUGGAUGAUAACACUCUGCACUUAUGGGAGAUGAGCCCCAAAGAGGGCAGCUCACACCUGGAGGAGCUCUGCAGCUUCACCCUGCCUGGGCGGCCAGGCAUCGAGAGCGCCAGUGCCACCCGGGUGACUGUACUUCUCCUGAAGAUGGGCUGUGACCUGUUGUGCCUGGGCACAGAGGGAGGGGGUAUCCACUUCCUGGAGCUGCCCAGCCUGACCCUGAUGGAGACCAAAUCUCUACUGCAGGAUGAGAUCAUUCAGAGCCUGCCAGAGGACUACAAGUGUGGGAAAUCUCUGGGACCCGUGGAGUCACUACAGGAACACCCGCGGUGUCCUGACAAAGUUCUCAUUGGCUACAGCCGAGGCUUGGUGGUCCUAUGGGACCGGAGCACCCGGCAGGUGCUCAGCCUCUUUUUGGGGAAUCAGCAGUUGGAAAGCCUGUCAUGGGAGCGCAGUGGCAAGACUUUCGUCAGCUCCCACAGUGACGGGGGAUACAUGGCGUGGGCAGUUAACAGCAGCAACCCCCGCACUCCGCAGCCAAUCACGUCCAUCAUACCGUACGGCCCUUUCCCCUGCAAAGCAAUUAACAAGAUCCUGUGGAGGACGACAGAAUUAGGAGCUCCCUUCGUACUGUUCAGCGGAGGCAUGCCCAGGGCCAGCUAUGGGGACAGACACUGUGUGACCGUGCUGCAGGAGAAGACUCAAGUCACUCUGGACUUCACGUCUCGUGUUAUUGACUUCUUCACCAUCCACUGCACAGACAGCGAAGAGGAGUUUGACAACCCCACUGCCUUGGUGGUCCUGUUGGAAGAAGAGCUUGUUGUGAUUGACCUCCUGACCACUGGAUGGCCCACCAUCCCAUCUCCAUACCUCGCUCCACUGCACUCCUCUGCCAUCACCUGCUCUUGUCACAUUUCCAAUGUGCCACCCAAGCUGUGGGACAGGGUGAUAAGCGCUGGGCAGCACCAGAACCAACCACAGACCCACAUGAAGUGGCCAAUUAAUGGGGGGAAGAAUCUGGCCCCGGAUCCUAAACAGAAAGGACUGCUGCUAACUGGACAUGAGGAUGGCACUGUACGCUUCUGGGAUGCGUCUGGGGUCUCCCUCAAACCUCUGUACAAAUUGAGCACCGCCAACAUCUUCCAGACAGACUGUGACCAUAAUGACAGCCUCGGACAAGCAGGAGAGGAGGAGUGGCCUCCCUUCAGGAAGGUGGGGUGUUUUGACCCAUACAGCGAUGAUCCCAGGCUGGGAAUACAGAAGAUUUCUUUGUGCAAAUACAGUGGGAAGUUGGUGGUUGCAGGAACUGCAGGCCAGGUCCUGGUGAUGGACCUGAGUGAGGACAAGUCAGAGCACACCAUCAAUGUGGCCACUCUGGACCUCCUACAAGACAGGGAGGGCUUUACCUGGAAGGGUCACGACCGCCUGGCCCCUAAAAACGGACCAAUAAGCUUUGCGCCUGGCUUCCACCCUGUCAUCCUGGUGCAGUGUAUGCCACCGGCAGCGGUCACCGCAGUAACCCUGCACGCCGAGUGGAAUCUCAUCGCGUUUGGCACCAGCCACGGCUUUGGCCUGUUCGACUACCACCGCCGCAGCCCUGUCCUGGCAAGAUGCACACUGCACCCCAAUGACUCGCUGGCCAUGGAAGGGCCCCUGUCAAGGGUCAAGUCAUUGAAGAAGUCUCUGCGCCAGUCCUUCAGAAGAAUCCGGAAGAGCAGAGUUUCUGGCAAGAAGCGAGUAGUGGUGAACAGUCCAACCAGCAAAGUGCAGGAGGCCAAUGCCCAGCUGGCAGAGCAGGCGGGUCCUCAUGAUGUGGAGAUGGCGCCAGUGCAGAGGCGGAUCGAGCCCCGCUCCGCUGACGACUCUCUCUCUGGAGUGGUGCGCUGUCUAUGCUUCGCCGACACGUACCUUAGAGACGGCUCUCACCACGGGCCCACCAUGUGGGCGGGCACCAACUCGGGCUCCGUGUACGCGUACGCCCUGGAGGUGCCCUCCCAGGAGAAGUUCUCAGAGCAGAGCGCUGAGGCCGUGCUGGGGAAGGAGAUCCAGCUCAUGCACCGGGCGCCCGUGGUGUCCAUCGCCGUGCUGGACGGCCGGGGCAACCCGCUGCCCGAGCCCUACGAGGUGUCGCGAGACCUGGCCAAAGCCCCCGACAUGCAGGGAAGCCAUUCCGUCCUCAUCGCCUCCGAGGAGCAGUUCAAGGUGUUCACACUACCCAAAGUCAGUGCCAAGACGAAGUUCAAGCUGACGGCCCACGAGGGCUGCCGGGUGCGCAAGGUGGCGCUGGCGAGCUUCGGCAGCGUGUCGGCAGAGGAGUACAGCGAGAACGGCCUGGUCUGCCUCACCAACCUGGGCGACAUCCACGUGUUCAGCGUCCCGGCCCUCCGGCCGCAGGUCCGCUAUGACUGCAUCCGCAAGGAGGACAUCAGCGGCAUCGCGUCCUGCGUCUUCACCAAAACUGGGCAGGGGUUCUACCUGAUCUCCCCCUCGGAGUUUGAACGCUUCUCCCUGUCAGCGCGGGUCAUCACCGAGCCCCUGUGCUCCGUGGACAUGGACCGGCCUCAUAACCACACAGCUCUCAGCAACACGACUACAUCAAUUCAGGCCAACGGUACGCACAAAAUACAGUCCACCGGAGAGAGCCAUUCCCUCGGGGAAGCAGAAGGAGUUUUAGAAGAGAUCCAAGCUGCUCUCUCCUCCCCUGCCCUGGACUCGCCCAACAGCAGUGCUGACAUCACACUCGACACCACCGGCGACAUCACCGUCGAAGACGUCAAAGACUUCUUAACGUCUGUAGAUGAAGCGGAGAGGAAUCUGAAGAAUAUCACGGAGGAAGAUGGGCGGUCUCCAGGCAUUCUCAUCAACUGAGGUGAGAUUAACAACUGGGGAGGGCCCAGAGUGCAUUGGAGAUGGUUUGAUUGUGCCUAACGGAACUCGACUGAAUAAAACUAAUAUCAAUAAUGAAGCCGGACCAGAAACCGCCCUCCAUGGGAUUUUGACGAGCAACGUGAGGACAUGAACUCUUCCUCUGUGCCAAAAGACAGAAAAAGCAGGUUCCCCCCCCCACCCUCGUUCUUAUUUCUGGACGUCUGCUCGACCCCCCUCCACCCUGUGAGACUUAACAUCCAUGUUAAACAAGGAAUGCCUUUGAGGGGGGAGAAGAGGAUGUGCCGUCGACUGAGGGCUUAGGCCUUUUACGUUCUGCUUAUCUGACCGGGAGCAGGAUCCUUUUUCAGAGCCCGCCCGAGGGAGCGUGCAGUCCCAGUGUGCUGCUGUGUGCCAAGCGAUGAGGAUGUCCUCUCCCUUUCCCCGAAACCACCUGUCACAUUACAGCCCAAUCUGAAUCCGCAAGGUCAACGUCUGCCGUAAUCGGGUGCCACGCUCCAAUCCAAAGUGCAGCGAAAUUGUCAAUGUUUUUUUUCCUUGUCACCGAUGAUUACAGGUUGCAUUCUUUCUUUUAUGUAGAAUCUUUUUUUCCAUAUUCGUUUCCUGGGCCAUAUGAUGCCUUCCCCCCCCAAGCAUUCGGUUCAGUAAUGGCUCUGUAUGGGUUCAGUUUGUGUGUCAGUAGCAGUGUGCUCAGAGUCACACUGUCUGGCACGCCAUUAUAUAAUCAGCAGAAGUGAUACAGUAUGUUUAGACAGUGGACUGGAGUUCAGUUUUCCCUAAAUUAUUAACUUUUCUCCAUUGAGUUUUUUUUUUUUUUUUUUAUGCUGUGAUGGUUUGUGAAGAUCCAGGCCACUGAACAGUUAUCCCUUGGACCCUGUGGGUUUGAUCCAGUGGUUGAGUUUUCUAACAGAUUCAUAACAGCAGUCCUGGUUUGCCGGCAGGCCUAUUUUUCUUCCACAAUGUUUGUAGAUUGAGUGGUUACAUAUGAUGGAUAUUUCUCAGUUGCCAGGAUUGUUUUCCUUUUAAAUCACUUUCCUUCUUUCAAAUGACUUGUUUUUGCCCCAUCUUUUCUGCCAAGUCACAUCUUUAAUAUCUGCAGACAGGUUUCUAUGACAAGAGUUCUCCGUGGUAAAAAUGAUUUUGCUUAAGGGCUGUGAGCACAGCAGCUUUAGAGCAUGGUGUUUGACCAAAAGUUAUUUUGGAAGAGAAUGAACCUUUUUAUCUUUGUUUUUAAAAGUGAGCAGGUGACUCUACAGUGUUUUUGGUUACCUGGGCAAGGUACAGUCACUUUAAAGGACAGUAAUCUUUUUUGAUAAUGUAUGUGUAAUAUCUUUUUUAUUCUGUUCACAGUAUUAACACAAUAUGUAGAAACUAAUUGUGUAUGAUUUUUGUAUUGAAAGGAUAUUUUAUAGGCACUGGUGGGUAGAGCACUAAUGAUUUUCUUACACUGUGUUUUGCUGGGUGAUUAUGUUGUGAAUCUGAUCCAUGGGCAUCGAAGCUAAAGUCCAGGGAGUUGAUUGAGAGAGUGGGGCUCUUUGGUAAUUAAGGGGUUGUUUGUAUUUGGACUGUAAAAAAAGUUCAGCUUUCCCAAAGGUGUUUGUCUUCAUGAAUUAAAAACUAUUAUCGUUUGAAGUAUAAGGAUCUUAUGAAGGCAGAUGCUUGAACUGAGGAAAAUAAUAUACCAGAUUUUGCCCUCAACAUCUCAAUAUAUUUUAUUAAGUUCAAGUCCUGGAUAAUUUUUUCUGGAUGCCACUUGUGUGAUGAUAAUACACAGACAAUGUCAGUAAAUGCAUUUCAUAAAAGCAAAAACUUUUACUUGUGAAAACAUGGCAGUUAUGGAUUAUGUUUGUAUAACAUCAGGAAUGGCAAUGCAAACGCAAUGGACAACCAUCUUGCUGGAAACUCUUCGCUUCUCCAUAUGCCUUGGUUUGAACACAGUCUGUGUGAAUACAGAUGGCUAUCUAGGUUUCUUGUCUUUAGAACCACUUUAUACUUUGAAAGGGACCCCAAAUGCUUUGUCAUUUUAUUUUAUAUAUGUAUUGUGUAUGUUUUCCAUCAAAGGGAGACAUGAAGACUUAAAAUAUUGUAUUGUUGGCACCUAUCCUGUGAAACUUUUAAGACUAGUUUACAUUUAAUUUUUGGUUUCUUUCUUCUCAUGUAGAAUGUACCUGUUACUUGAUGGUUUAGCAUUGUAAGUAAUUGAAAAUUCAGCAUUUGAUUUGAUGUUAAAUAAAGCAUUUACUGCC